UUUGCCGCUCCAGUCCUGUGCGUCCGCGCAUAGCCAAGGCGCCGGGAUUUAAAAUGCAGCGGGAUUUAGUGAGUUUCCCGCUGUCGCCAGCGGUGCGGGUGAAGCUGGUUUCUGCAGGUUUCCAGACUGCCGAGGAAGUCCUAGAGGUGAAGCCCUCCGAACUGAGCAAAGAAAUUGGGAUAUCAAAAGAGGAAGCCUUAGAAACCCUGCAAAUUAUAAGAAGAGAAUGUCUCACAAAUAAAUCAAGAUGUGCUGGUACAUCAGAGUCUGGCAAGAAGUGCACAGCACUGGAACUUCUUGAGCGAGAGCAUACUCAGGGCUUUAUAAUUACCUUCUGUUCAGCACUAGAUAAUGUUCUUGGGGGUGGAGUGCCCUUAAUGAAAACAACAGAAAUUUGUGGCGUUCCAGGUGUUGGAAAGACACAGUUAUGCAUGCAGUUGGCAGUAGAUGUGCAGAUACCAGAAUGUUUUGGAGGAGUAGCAGGUGAAGCAGUAUUUAUUGAUACAGAAGGAAGCUUUAUGGUUGAUAGAGUGAUAGAUAUUGCCACUGCCUGCAUUCAGCACCUUCAGCUUACAGCAGGAGCACACAUGGGAGAAGAGCAUCAAAAAGCUUUGGAGGAUUUUACUCUUGAAAAUAUUCUUUCUCAUAUUUAUUAUUUCCGAUGUCAUGAUUAUACAGAGUUACUGGCACAAGUUUAUCUACUUCCAGAUUUCCUUUCAGACCACUCAAAGGUUCGUUUAGUGAUAGUAGAUGGUAUUGCUUUUCCUUUUCGUCAUGAUCUUGAUGAUCUAUCCCUUCGAACUCGAUUACUAAAUGGCCUGGCACAGCAAAUGAUCAGCCUUGCAAAUAAUUACAGAUUAGCUGUAAUUUUAACUAAUCAAAUGACAACAAAGAUUGAUAAAAACCAGGCCUUGCUGGUUCCUGCAUUAGGGGAAAGCUGGGGACAUGCUGCUACAAUAAGGCUAAUUUUUCAUUGGGAUCAAAAGCAAAGGUUGGCAACGUUGUACAAAUCCCCAUGCCAGAAGGAAUCCACAGUACUGUUUCAAAUUACACCUCAAGGAUUUAGAGAUGCUGUUACCAUUGAAUGUUCAUCUCAAACAGAACUUUCGUUGAAUUCCCGGAAAAGGUCACGAGACCCAGAGGAAGAACCCUAACCCCAAAACUAAUCUCAAAGUAUCAUAUAUACAGAGGACAUAAUAUUCAGUGUGGAUAAGUUUAUAUUUUUAAUACUUAUUAAAAUACAAACACUGGAAUGAAUGAAUAAGGGUUAUGUAAAGUGAAUGGAUUAUGCUUAAGGAUUAUGCUUCUCUGAAAAUGGUGUUCUAAAGCAGAAUUGUACAAUGACAUUUUCAGUGGAGGUGAUGUGGAUAUCUUUUCCAAAUGUGAUAGCUGAGCUCACUGGCUUACUGAAUUUACUAUUCAGACUAGAACAUUUCUUUGCCAAUUACCUAGAA